GCUCGAACUGUCGGUCGGGUAAGACGUGUCGUUCUCCCUCUCUUCGUCGCGCUGCGCCGUGCAGCGUCGCGUCGACUCUCGCGUGCCGGCUGCGGCGCCUUCGGAGUGUUUUCUUCCGAUUCUUCCCUCGUCCUAACUUGUUCGGCUUUGAAUUAUCGGGUCUACCCGCGAUUGUGCGUCCAUGAACGCGAAAAGUGCGGAAGUUACAUACAUGUAUUUGUGACGUGCAUCGUGCUCGAGAUCUGGAGAUUGCGAGUCCCAUCCCACGCGAGGUGAGGACGAAACCGAUGGGGGAUGACGUUCGAUGGAAAGGGAGAUCCGUUGCCUCGAGGCGACGAGGAAUGGCGCGAAGCGAAGCGACGCGUUGGUUUCCCGCGCUAAUGGACCGGAAGUCUAUAACGUAGAAGAACUCGCGAGCCAAGACGCGUUCGCGAGGCGAUAGAGCUGCGAAAAGCCCUGAUAUCUAAGUGUCGCGGAUGAUAGCUCGUCGACGAGGGGCGUGAUCGAAGUAGCCGAAGGGGUUAAGUCGCAGUGGGCCGAGGAAGCAAAGGAUCUCUAGGAGCUUCGAUUGGCCGAAUCGCGUGCAACAUGUUCGGGACGAAAUUGCGCACGUGGAUGGAGGCGCAUAUCGUGCGAUCGAAAAAGAAGAAGGAAAGGAAGAAGGGGGAGAAGGGGUUCGACUCGAACUGCAACUCGCCCAGGAAUCACAGCGCCAACAGAUCACCCACCCUGCAUCAAGUACACCCCGCAGUCUCGCCGUCGAAGAACGUGGAUGGAAUUCGGUUGCACGGAGGAGGUAGCUACGGUGGGAUCGCGUCUUCGACCGCGACGACGUCCGCCUCCUCUGGCACGUCCGCUGGCACAGGCAGCGUGAACCUUUCCUCGCCGGAGAGCGCCUACAGCACCGGAUACUCGACCGACGGCACCUCCCCUGGGGCGAGCUUUCCGCCGGAAUAUUACAUAAACAUCAGAACCGGCACGCACUACUUCCAGAGCAACGGGAGACUAAAGAGGCCGACCGACGGUCCUGAUCUCCCAGCUGCCUCCGCCCUGCUCGUGGGACAUAGAAACCUCGAAGCCGCCGCUGCCCUCGCGAACAUGACCAGGAACAACGAACAGCCGAGGGACGUCGGAACCUGUACUCCGAGGAAGAUCAGUGAACGCCUGCGAGGUCAGGAGUUCCCUCAGCGAGCGCACUGUCAAGCGCAGACACAGGAGGACAGAUACCACCGGCGAACGGAGUCGUUCUCCGCCGAUUCGUCGCGGACUAACCUGGUCGUGCCCUCGUCGAUACCUCCCCCGUUGGUGUCGCCCCCGGUGCAGUCGCCCAGAGAACGUUCGCGCAUCAGGACCAAUCCGUGGCUGUCCGCUAACUCGUCCGGGUCUAGUACGGCAGGCGUCAAGUCGAGACUCAACUUGGACGAGACCAGCAGCAGCUCGGGUCUCAAGCUAACGGAAUCCUCCGGCAGCGCUAGCGAUGUCAACGUGAACUACACGCGAGAGGCACGUGCCAAAAGGGAAUGCAAACAAGAAAGCCUCAGCGCGGGAAGAAGCCCAGUGAACCAGAAUUGGAGAAUUGCCUCAGGCUUGGAGAUUCGACCCAAGAUGGCCUUGUCCGUGCAUCGGCGUAGCAGCAGCAGCAGUAGCAGCAGCAGUAGCAGCAGCAGUCGCAGUCGCAGCAGCAGCGACAGCAGAAGCAGCGGAGGAAGCGGUUGCAGCAACGGCAACGACAACGGUAACGGGAACUGCAACGGGUCUUCCGGGUCGUCCGUGACACGAAGCGUCAGAUCAUCCGAGGACGACAUCACUCUGAACGAGAUGAUGGGCAAGUUCGACGAGAGUUACGUGUACGAGAAGGAAACGGACAUUCUGUCCGACAGCGACCCGACCGACUGCGAGGAUUACAUAGACUCUUUGUCCGACGUGGACGCAGGUCGGGACGUAGGCGACGAGAACGAUCCGUUGGAGAACGACGAGUUCGAUUACAUCGACAACGGCUCGUUUCUGGGCCUGGACAACCUGGAUUGUCCAGAACGGUUCCCGAACACCGGCCACUGCACCUACUUCGCGUUCACCGGUGAAUUGGCGCGACGUAGUAGCAAGCUGAGGGAGUCGUUGGUGAAGCGCAGGAUCAAGGACGACGCGACGAUCCUUCAGAGAACGGCCAGCGUGAAGAACGCCAACGCUAAGAGGCAGAGCAGCCGACACAAGAAGCCGGACGAGAAGCAGCAAAGCGAGAAACGGAAGAAGAAGAUCUCUCAACGUUGCAAAUCGACGUUGGAGAGGUGCGAUGACGAAACGGCGAAUCUGAAUCGCGUACUGGUAGAAAGAAUGCUGCUGAAGAAUUCUGGCUUCAAUCAGGGUAGCAGAAGCGUAGGUGGCACUCCCAUAUGUCUGCGUCGAAGAAAACACGACGUCAACAAGAAUCUGUCGCCGAUGAGGCUGAUGGACGACAGGCCAGCCGUUCCAUCGACCACCAUCGUCGACAGCGAGAUAGUCAAGAGACGAUCCAAUUCGGUAAGCUACGUGAACGGCAACAUCGUUAGGCGGCGGAUAACAGGCAACGCCUACAUGACCACGUUCGCGUCAGAGAUCGCUUUGAUCGAGGCGGACAAAGAAGCGGACAAAAAGUACCGCGAACUCAUACUCGAGGCGGAGAACAUCUUGGUGAACAUGCAGAAGAGUCAAAACAGUAUACCGAUCGUGCCAUCGCCGUCGCGCAAAUUCCAUAACGGCCUGGCAAACAAACGAGUCGAGCUCAUCAAGAACACCGAGCUGAACAUCGAACUAGCCCUCUCCAAAAGCAGAAACUCUCAACCGGAGUUACAGAGCGGCAGCAUCAGAGACCUAGACCACACCAGUCCUAAGAGACAGUUCAUGCAACCUUGUUCUCCGAUCCGUCGAUUUAUAGAGAGGGAAAACUGUUGCAGGCAAGAACCACCGAUCAAAUACUCGACCGUCGUGUCUCCCGUUGCGGCUAGAAGGACACCACCCGUUCAGCAUUCCCCGUGUAGAAGUAUGAUACGGUCUCCUCGUUUGAUAACUGGCGAGCAGGAGAUCAACGACUACUGCAACGGGUCUCGAGCCGUGCCCCUAAAUUGUAACGGCAUCCCUCGACCCUUUAUAGACCCGGAGGACCUUAUACCGCAGUCUCCAACUUCUUUUCAGACUAGACCACACGUCAUUUUACCGUCUAGGGAUACAUUCGUUGGGAGCAAGAAAGACGUUCGAUUGUCUAGAUCGGCGACGAAGGAGGAGGGCGUAACGUCCAGUUCGUCCGACUCCGAGGAAAGAUGCGACGUUAGAAGAAGGGCUCCAUUGAUGACUUUUAGGUCUGUCGACAUGGGCCCCAUAAAAGAGAGUUCAUCCUACUGCCCGCAAAGCGAGCCAGUGAAAAGGAAAGUGUACGCGGGGAGCGCAACCUACGGUAGAAUACAGAAAACGUUAGGGGAGACCGGUACCUUGAGAAACUCUGACGGAGAUACCGCUACCGAUGACACUGACGACUCGAGGAGAUCUCUGAAGGAGAAAGUGGCUCAGCUUCGUCGAGAACGAUUGGCCGCCGAAGCGAAUGCGAACGCGAACGUUCAGGAUUCGCAGAUGUUUCAACAUCAGUUGUCACAGUUGCGGAGGCAGAGGCUGAUGCAGACUAUAGAGGGCUUGAAACGAAGCCUCGAGGAUCAGUCGGCGACUUUGAAACAGACCUGCUUGGAACCGGUAUUAAAUGACCAGUUGCCAGCAAGGUGGUCUUGCGUUACUCGUUACCCUCGUUACUCGGUAGAUGUAACAAUGUUUAGUAAUUUAGCAAGGCUAGCGAGUAUGAAACGAAUAAUUAGUAUUUAUUUACUCCAUUUGUACAUAUUUGCGGUCCGUUGUAACGCGGAAGACAUUUUAGGUUGCGGAGGAUUUUUGAAAAGUCAUGCCGACAUCGACUUCGCGAAAGUUCAAAUAAAUUUGUAUACGAAGGCUGGUAGCCUUAAGGAUAACACGGAAUGUGCUCCUAAUAGCGGAUACUACUUUCUUCCAUUGUACGACAAAGGGGAAUACGUGUUGAAGGUGGAUCCACCUAGAGGUUGGAGCUUCGAGCCCACGGAAGUUUUAUUGAAUGUGGAUGGAGUGACCGAUGCCUGUAGUCAAGGCCAAGACAUCAACUUUACCUUCAAAGGUUUUGGUAUCACAGGCAGGGUUAUCAGUUUAGGGUCAGAUUCUGGCCCCAAAGGAGUUACAGUUACGCUAUACAAUGAAGGCAAUGAAAAAGUUCCUGUUGGAACAACAGUCACAGCAGAAGGUGGCACAUUUUACUUUACACCCAUACAGCCUGGUCGAUACAUACUCGUCGCUUCACAUCCCUCAUGGAUGAUGGAGAAGGAUACCGUCAAAGUAACAGUAAGAGAAGGCAAUACAGAACUUCCAGAUGGUAGCUUGAUAGUUUCUGGAUACGACGCUAGCGGUCGCGUUACCAGCGAAGAAGAACCCGUUAACGGUGUAACCUUUGUUCUCUUUGGAAAUGGCGUGGCUAAGAAUUGCGCGACGACGCCCGUUAGCAAAGACCUUCAAUCCAAGAAGGCUCUUUGUCAAGUUGUGUCUGACAAAAGCGGGAAAUUCGUAUUCCCAAGUUUAUCAACCGGAGAAUAUAAGCUCGUGCCGUACUAUGCCGGUGCCCAGACCAAAUUCGUUGUUCAACCAGCAGAGCUGUCCUUCAAAGUAAACCAUAACAGCGUCGUGUUACGUCAAGGAUUCAAAGUAACUGGUUUUACAGUGAGCGGUGUAGUUCGUACCUCGAUCGAUGGGGAGCCUCUGCAGGGGGCAAAAAUUCUACUGUCGCAAAAGGAAGUCGCGAAGACAGAUGCCAAAGGGAAAUAUGUGUUGGAUAACAUGAAGGCUGGCCAGUAUACUCUAAAAGCUGAAAGUGAUGACGUACUGUUCAACGAAAAAACAGUUAAGAUCUCCCCUAGCUCCCCAGAACUUCCAGUGCUCGUGCCAUCGGCGUACAAAGUUUGUGGAAAGGUAACCCUAUCCGCGAAAGGAACGUUGCAUUAUCGUAAGGUUUUGGUACAGAAUACGGCCGCUACGUUUAACAAAGAAAUCGAAACGGACGCGAAGACUGGAGAAUUUUGCAUCUAUCUUGCUCCCGACAGAUAUCAAUUGACCGUAGUUGUGAGCGCGGAAGAAAGAGAUAAGGGCUUACAAUUUUUCCCGUUGCAACAAACUAUCGAUGUAUCGUCUCGACCAGUGCGCGACGUCAACUUCUUGCAAUUGAAGGCAACGUUAACGGGUACGGUCAAAUGUUUGCCAGGUACCGAUUGCAGUCAGGCAUCCGUUACGCUGAAAGUGCUCGAUGGAAUCACGAUAAAGACGAUUCAGUCCAAGGAUGGUCAGUACCAGUUCACGGACGUGUUGCCUGGUCACUACGAAGUGCUGAUCGACAACGACGUUUUCUGCUGGAAGAAUCCUAGUUACAGAAUCUCGAUAACAUCGGAACGCGCCGAGGUACCAGCUUUUGUACAAACUGGAUUCUCCGUUACAUUCAUCUCUUCUCACGACACGGCGGUGGAGUACUUGGAAGCCAACAAUCCAAAAAAGAUCGUCUUGACUUUGACCAAAGGAAGUACGAAGCAUUGCGUUACCAAUCCUGGAGCGUACACCUUUACGCCGAAAAGUUGUCACGUGUACGAUUGGUCGUCGCAUACUUGGGAUACUAACAGCCUUUCUCCCAUUUUGUUGCAUUCAACUGAACAUAGUCAUAAAGGGAACAUUCAAAGUGCUUCCGCGUUGGAUGGAGUCAAAGUGGUAAUCGAAAAUGGCGGUGAAGUGAUCACUCUGGGCCCGUUGAAACCCGUCCAGCAUGAAAAUCUGUACAAGUACGACUUCGAGUUCAAAGCAAAGACUGAUAAUAUUUAUACGAUAACGCCCUUGUCGGACAUCCUUCUAUUUAGUCCUCCGUCGUUGAAGGUAUUGGGAGUCAACGAUUGUCAAAAUGACAUCGCCACGUUUAUCGGCGAUUUGGGAAAGAUCAUUGCUGGCAAGAUCAGUCCGCCUUUGGAAGGAGUCACCGUGCAGAUAUUCGGAAGCGACAAGAAUUCUCCCAUACACACGUUGGUCACUCAGAAGGAUGGAACUUACAAUAUCGGUCCUCUGGAUGGGAAAGUGGACUACAGUGUCGCCGCGGAAAAAGAAGGCUUUGUCAUCACAGGACCUGAUGCCAACGGAGUCUUCUUAGCUCACAAGCUGGCUGAAAUUAUCGUGCAGGUCUCCGAUCAGGCCGACAAUAUCUCGCUGCAGGGCGUUCUUCUUUCCCUGUCCGGUGGACAAAGUUACCGAAGGAACAGCAUAACAGGCGAGGAUGGCAGGUUGAUCUUCAAUUCGCUGUCCCCCGGGGAAUAUUAUCUGCGACCAAUGAUGAAGGAGUACCGUUUCGAUCCUCCGUCGAAAAUGAUCAAAGUCGUAGAAGGCGCGACCGUUACGGUGAAUCUAUUCGGAAAGAGGGUCGCGUUCAGCGCGUAUGGUUCGGUGACGUCUUUGAAUGGAAAACCCGAGGCUGGGUUGCUGGUUGAAGUCCAAGGCCAAGACGACUGUAGCAAUCUACAGGAAGAAGCGACCACCGAGGAGAACGGGAAUUUUCGAAUCAGGGGCCUUCAGCCAACGUGUACUUACUUGUUCCGUCUGAAACCAAACGCCGAGGUGAACGCGCAUAUCCAACGCACGAGCCCCGACUCCAUAACAGUGAAGACCGGAAAAGACAUCCACGGUCUUCGGUUGGUCGCGUUCCAUCCGAUCUCUCGCACCGACGUCUCCGUGCACGUCGUAUCCGCCCAACCAGAACAUUAUCGUACCCUCAAGGUGAAACUGUGCAGGGAGGAUAUGCCCGAUUCCCCCAUCCAUUCCACCAAGCUGGAGGCUCAACAGUCGAACAAGAUGGGCACCAACUACAACGCAGGAUUUCUCGUCCAUCUACCCCCGUUGCAAGCCGACGGGAAGAAGUACUUCGUGCAGUUGGAGUCGUCGUUGUCCCAGUCUAUGCACAAAUACAAGACCGUGCCGAUCUACUUCGAGGCUAACUCGUCCUUCAAGUACGUGAAGCUGACGUUCAACGCCGAACGAAAGGUGGAUCAAAGCGACAUGAAUCAGACUUCGGUGGUCGCAUUACCUUUCAUAAUGUUGGUGGCGUUCGCGUUCCUGAAUCGCGAGAAGAUGUGGACGUGGUUGAACGCGCUGAUCGAGAGGCGGUCGAAACCAACUCCUAGCUCGAGAACCCCGAUACAGGCGGUUCCCAUCGACCCAAGAGCGGACGACAUUAUCGUCGAGCAAAUAAUGAACAUUAACAAAAGAAAGACCAAGCCACGCAAGACGUAAUCGAUAUUUUUCGGUUACCAUGGUCGCGGCACCUUCGAGAAUCACUCGUUUUAAGAUGGUUUUGAACUCUAGCUAUUUAAACAAAAAAAGAAAGUGGAUUUUUCGUUGAUUUGCAUGUAUACUGCAAUCAGCUCGUCGAAUCGAACCGUGUUUCACCCGAACAAGCAAGUACCCCUCUAAGACUACGAACUCUAGGAAAAUGUAAAAGAAAAAUCAAUUUUGUGGAGACACUCUAUGCUAGGUUCACACUGUAAAUAUCACACAGGAUUUAACGUAAGUGUUCGUCGUAUGUGAUAAACUGGAAUGUAUGUAUUUUCAACGAAUACGCCUUCGCGAGUCACCAUCGUUUUAUUAUACGUUAUAUAUGUUUUCAAUUCGUUACUGAAUUAUACGUUGACAUGUUUUAAAG